CAACGAUGUUCAUGAGCCUGCUAUGGCUCUUCGCAGCCCCCUGCUUGAAGAAUUCAGAGCAAACAAGGCUCGCAAGUGGGAUCUCAGGGAUAUAUUUGGCUAUGUCGUGGAGUUCAGCGGUGACCAGCAUGGAUCACGGUUUAUUCAACAAAAGCUCGAGACUGCUACGAGUGAGGAGAAGCAGCUCAUGUUCGAUGAGAUAGUUCCCAACAAUACGUUGCAGCUCAUCCAAGACGUAUUCGGAAACUAUGUUAUCCAAAAGUUGUUCGAGCACGGUACACAGGUGCAAAAGACUGUCCUUGCUAAUACUAUGGAGGGUCAUGUUCUUCCUCUGUCUCUUCAAAUGUAUGGCUGCCGUGUCGUACAAAAGGCAGUGGAAUAUGUACUCCCAGAGCAACAAGGCGCGUUUGUUAAAGAGCUUGAGCCCCACGUAUUGAAAUGUGUCAAAGACGCCAAUGGGAAUCACGUCAUCCAAAAACUGAUUGAACGUGUUUCACCUGAACGUUUGGCAUUUAUCAACUCGUUCCGAGGAAAUGUGUAUGACCUGUCGACACAUCCCUACGGCUGUCGGGUGUUGCAAAGAUGUUUUGAGCAUCUCCCAGAAGAUCAGACUCGACCACUUUUGGACGAAUUGCACAGGUAUAUGAUCAAUUUGAUGCAGGAUCAGUUCGGGAACUAUGUUGUUCAGUUUGUUCUGGAACAUGGAAAGGCUACGGAUCGAGCACAAGUCAUCCUGAAAUUGCGUGGACAGAUUUUGCAGAUGGCCCGUCACAAAUUCGCCUCUAAUGUGUGCGAAAAGGCGCUUAUGACUGCGGAUGCUGAUAGUCGCCGUAUCUUGAUUGAGGAGAUCAUGACCCCCAAGGCUGACGGUGUGAGCCCUAUUGUGACCAUGAUGAAAGAUCAGUUUGCAAACUACGUUCUUCAGCGUGCAUUGGGUGUCGUCGAAGGCGAACAGAGGGAGAGGUUGAUGAACCUCGUCCGACCUCAGCUUGUUAGCAUGCGAAGGUAUUCCAGUGCAUACAGCAAGCACUUAAUAUCCAUCGAACGGCUACUGGAGAAAUAUUCCAAGUCAUCCGACUCUGUCCAAGAUUACGCUGCUAUCUAAAAUUGAAAAACUCACUAAUAUUGUCGCGCGCCACACCUCCCUUGCAUCCAACCUAAUAAUCGCAAUGCUAUGUUACACUCGCACACUCAAUUUUCCUUCAUGCUCAUCAAUAUUAAUCUGGCAAUGAACAUUCGUAAUUACGCAAUUUCAUUCACCGUUGGAUAAUUUUUCUUGUGGCCCUGUCCAUAGUAUUACAUUUUUAUGUUUAUAGCCUGUUGGCGUUCUGUGGACUCUUGUCUCCUUCUUUCCGCUGUCACCCCAGUUUUCGGUCGUCCUUCCUUUUAGUUAUAUGGUCCAUACGCAUACAUAUAUAUACCUGAGAAUAUGGGUUAUAAUGAUCAUUGGAUUCCUCUCCUGCUAAAA